UCCCGCCCUCGCGACGUCACCGCGCAGCACGCACGUACGCGCGCGUGACGUCAGCGCGCUCUCUCCGCGCCGCGCUCCGAGCUCUGAGGGAGCCGCUGAGCCCCCGCCAUGCAGCUCUUCAUCCGCGGGCAGACCCUCCUCACCCUCGAGCUCUCGGGCACGGAGACCCUCGCCCAGAUCAAGGAGAGGGUGGCCGAGCUUUCGGGGGUCCCCCCCGAGGACCAAGUGCUGCUCCACGCCGGGACCCCCCUGGAGGAUGAGGCCGCGCUGGGGCAGAGCCCCCUCCCCCGAAUUACCACCCUGGACCUCUCCACGCGCCUGCUGGGCGGGAAGGUGCACGGCUCGCUCGCCCGCGCCGGCAAAGUGAGGGGCCAGACCCCAAGGUGAGUGGCCAAGCAGGAGAAGAAGAAGAAGAAGACGGGGCGGGCCAAGCGGCGCAUGCAGUACAACCGGCGCUUCGUCAACGUGGUGCCCACCUUCGGCAAGAAGAAGGGGCCCAACGCCAACUCCUGAGCCCAAUAAAGGAAUCUGGGCUCAAUUCCCCGCCAUUUUGGGGCUUCCUGAGCCGUUCUUGCUGAUUUUUCGUGGUUGGGGUUACAGUUGUAGGGGCGAUUUUAAAGAGUUUAAAGGGGUUUAGGGCCUUUAAGGGGGUCGUGCGGGUCUCUGAGAGGAUGGCGGGGUGGAUAAUGGGCAGUGAUUAGAGAGAGGAGCUUAAUGAGCGUUAAUUUGGGGGAUGCUAAUGAGGGACUGCUGUGUGCAGAAGAGUUUCUAUGGGAGCGGCGGAAAGAGCCGAGCGCUGCCGGAAACACCCGAGCGCAGGGGCGGGGCGGAGGGCGCCGAGUCCUGCCGGGAAUACCCGAGUGAUUCCGAUUAUGAGGGGACCAGGGGAGCCGAGCGCUGUCGGAAAUGGCCGAGCGCAGAGGCGGGGCCGAGAGAGCCGAGCGGUGCCGGGAAUACCCGAGUGGUUCCGAGUAUGAGGGGGCCGGGGGAGCCGAGCCCUGCCGGAAACUCCCGAGUGAUUCCGAUUAUGAGGGGAUCAGGGGAGCCGAGCGGUGCCGGAAACGCCCCCGGCGGGGCCCCCCAAAAUCCCCCUGGGGGAGGGAAGGAGGGACCCCCAA